AUGGAUGUUAGGAAAUUGUUACGAAACAAAGAAGAAGCGAUGGAGUGGUAUUUAAAAUUUGCAAAUUAUGGAAAUGCAGAUGCGCAAUUUAGAGUAGGAAAAUUUUUUACAUCAAACAAUAAUGACCAAAAAGCAUUUGGAUGGAAGGAAACCUGGUACGCAAGGACCGCUCAAGGAGGAAUGUUGGGUACAACUUUAAUUUAG